UUUUGGUAUGUGAGGAGGGCAGUGCGGGCGAAAGGGCGGGGCUGAGGGGCGCUUUCGUCUUUUCCCGGAGCCUAUUGUUUUCCCCACACGUCGUGAAGCCUGAUGAGGCCUCGGUCGGAGAGAGUAGCUGUGGGGGUGCCGGCUACUAGACUAGUGGGUGGAGCGCCUUCAACUGGGGGCGUUGAUCGGGUGCCGGUGAUCUGAUCGCGGGCCUUGUUUCCACAGAGAAGCCCUAGGGAGGCCUUCUAUGUUUUGGACAAAGGAGUGAGGGAAGUGGGAAGCUUUUAUGGGUAGUAGUGAUGGUCGUGGUGGCCAAUGGCUAGACUCUCGCUUGUACUUCAUGACUAAGCACAAAAACAGAGAGAGAGAGAGAGACUAUGGGGCAAUGGCACGGUGGUGACUGGUGGCUAAGCACUGAACCAGAGAGAGAAAGGGACAGCAGGCACUGACCCGAGAGGAGACACAGCGGCCGGAGAAGUGCGAAUGUGCAGGCAGGGUGUUGGUGAAGGAAGAAGGAGAAUAAUGUAGGAGGAAGGAGGAAGUUAUGUAAUGCAGGAGGAAGGAGGAAGUUAUGGAGGAAGUCGCAUGGAGACAAUCGUAGGGAAGUUUUUAUCUAUUUUGAAAGAACUGGGUUGUUGAAGGAUUUUGAUUAUAUGAGAGUUUAAACCACACCUUGGAGCUUCUUUACAAUUGGAUCAUUAAAUUUCUGCAACUUCUUCAUUUGAGAUCCUGCUUUAGAGAUGAGAACAGUUGUUCAGUCCAUUCGCCAAUUUCGGUUGGCGUUUCGGCAUCGAGGCAAUAAUCAGUUCGGUUAUCGGCAAAAGCAUUUGAUAGAUACCAAUCAUAGUUCUGUUCACAACUCCACUCAUAAUAUUUCGACCAAAAGAUUUUUAUACCCCUCUUGUAUGAUCAGAAGAGCACUUCUCACUGGUGCUGCCAAAGUUGCUAGUGGAGAUGAAAAUAAAGCAGGGCCUCUUAUAGAGUAUGAACGGAGAAUUGCUGCAGGUGAACUUGUGGAUGGUGAUAGCUGUCAGGUAGGAACAUUGAGAGAACUUCAAAGACUCUAUGACGAGCUUGCCGAGUCAGUUGAUACCUGUCGGCUGGAUCGCUACACGGCCUCUGAGAAAUCUGGGAGGAGUAGGUGGUUGUGGUCCCGUUUCAUGCCACAGUCUUCAUACUCACCUGUGAAAGGACUCUAUCUUUAUGGGGGAGUGGGCACCGGAAAAACCAUGUUGAUGGACUUGUUUUUUGAUCAAUUGCCAUUCAACUGGAGGAAAAAGAGAAUCCAUUUUCAUGACUUCAUGUUGAAUGUUCAUGCCCGUCUGCAAAGGCACAAGGGAGUGGCAGAUCCACUUGAAGUUGUUGCAGGAGAGAUAUCUGAUGACUCAAUGUUAUUGUGUCUGGAUGAAUUUAUGGUUACAGAUGUUGCUGAUGCAUUAAUACUAAACCGUCUUUUUGGGCAUCUAUUUAGCAAUGGUGUUAUUCUAGUUGCCACUUCAAAUCGUGCUCCAGACAACCUGUAUGAAGGUGGAUUGCAGAGGGAUCUUUUUGUACCCUUCAUUUCAAGUUUGAAGGAAAGAUGCGUAGCUCAUGAAAUUGGUUCAUCAGUAGAUUACCGAAAAAUGACUUCGGCUGAGCAAGGUUUCUACUUUGUUGGGGUAGAGUCGUCAGCCUUUCUGAAGAAAAAGUUUCAAAAUAUAAUCGGGGAACAUACAGCUAGCCCACAAGAGGUUGAAGUUGUCAUGGGUAGGACAUUGCAGGUUCGAUUGGGUGCUAAUGGGUGUGCAUAUUUUCCUUUCGAGGAUCUUUGUGAUAAACCUCUUGGAGCUGCAGACUAUUUUGGAUUGUUCAGGAAAUUUCAUACCCUAGCACUUGAGGGUGUGCCAAUGUUUGGGCUCCACAAUAGGGCAGCAGCUUAUCGGUUUGUCACUCUAGUAGAUGUGAUGUAUGAGAACAAGGCCAGACUUUUGUGUACGGCAGAGGGGAGCCCAAUUGAACUUUUUGACAGGAUUGUAACAAUCUAUGAUGCCCAACAUAUGGCACCCAGAACUGCUUCAAGAUCAAGAAAGAGUGAUGAUUUGGACCUUUGUGUAGACAAUGAAUUGGGAUUUGCAAAAGAUCGUACCAUUAGCAGGUUAACCGAAAUGAAUAGCAAAGAGUACCUAGAGCAUCAUGCUUCCAUGUUUGCAGAUGAGCAGUUCUUGCAUGGUAAGGAGGAUGCUGAAUCUGCAUGAUAUAAAAGAGGAUUUGAACAUGCUUCAAACUCGGAAGGACACCUCAGAAGCCUUGGAUGAUCCAUUAUCAUAUGAUAUCUGAUUGAUGGUCGUUCUAGGAAAAAAGCAGAUGCAGAAUCAUUACAACUGAUGCUUUUAGUUGAAUAAGAUGUAAUUUAUCAUAUGUAAAGUUGGUUUCUCUUUUUGCCGUGUGCAAUAUUGCCUUGUGUUCUUCAUUGUAAGAAUUGACUUGGACUAUUCCCAAUUAAAGAUCUGAAGCUUAUUUUGCUC